UUUAAAAAAUAUUCUCUUCCUCCUUCAAUCUCUCUCGGGAUUCCUCGCCAAAAGAUGAAUCAUGAUGAAUGAAAAGCUCAGAUCCGUCGUUAUGUCGUCUGAGAACGGUUUCCAAGAAUCUCAAUUAUCAGCAAGCUCAAAUAUCCGAAGGAAAGUUGAUGUUCUUAAUGGGCGCGAAAAUGAAGAUUCCAUUUCCAAGGAACAGGCGUUACUGGAUUCCAAAUACAACUUGCGCCUGAGUCUUGCCUGGGAUAGCGCCUUUUUUACAAGCCCCGGAGUACUGGAACCGGAGGAACUGUUAACGGCCUUGAAUUCAAGGAAUUUCGAUCAUGUGGUAAACAUUCUGGGGAGCGAAGAGUAUCUCUUAUUGUCUUCACAAUCAUUCGAACCAGACACUAAUAUCAAAUCUGAAAACUUCAAUUUCCGUAAGAGCUUAGCUUGGGAUAAUGGCUUCUUCACUAGUGAAGGAGUUUUGAACCCUUUGGAAUUGGCCAUUGUUAACAACGGUUUGAAGAAAUCUGAAAGCCAUCUACUUCCCGUAAUGGAGGAUGAAGUUUGGAGGUCUAUGGAGUCGAACAGUACCUUAGAAAACGAAGGUUCCUCGUUAACUAGACUUGAGAUGGAUCUUUUUGAAGACAUCAGACAAUCUAUCCCCAAACCAAUUACUUCAAGAUUUGAACUGGGAAGACCAGCUUCAGCCGAACAGGAUGGUUCUCGAACUAUGAUGAAGGCCAUGCCAACUUGCAGGAGGCAAAGUAUUAACAAGCAUGGAUCAAAGAAGAUUACUAGAGAUAUGCCAAACGCCCCAAAAAUACAGCUGAAACAUACGGCUGAAAGUAGGGAGCAUCAUUCAUCUUUUUCCCUCAAACCAUCCAAGGCCUCAGAGCAGACCAACUGCGGUUCAAGAGUAAAAGUUUUGGGUAAAAAUCAUGUAAAACUGGGAAGCAGGUCCGGGAUCGCGGCAUCCGAAUGUUUGGGGAAGUCAAAGAAACCAUGUUUAAGGGACUCGUUCUCUUCCAUCCAUGGUUCCACUCAGUCACUUAGAUCAUCUUUGUCACACUGUUCCGCUUCAACAAAUAAGUCAGUAUCUUGUAUAACAUCCAAUGGCUACCCCCGUCCUCCAUCUGAGAUUACCAUUGGAAAAUCUCCUCCAAGUUUGAGAAGGAAAGUAAACUCCAUCAGUUCGAGUGCACUCGCAGCCAGUCCGGUUUCAACGACUCCAUCGAUGAAGACAAGGGCAAGGAAAGUGGAAGUGGACAGUUCUUGCCAGUCCACACCAGCAUCGUCCUCAUGGUAUGGAUCGCCUUCGAGCUCAGUUGACGAAUGGCCUUCAGAAUCAUCUUCAACUUCUGCAGCUCAAAGAUCUAAUAGAUCCAAGCCUAGUCCAUAUUCCAGUCUUCAAAGUUCUCGUUUGGAGAAUCAAGCAUGUGAAGAAUCAAGAGAAGUGAAACCUUCAGGCCUACGAAUGCCAUCACCGAAGCUCGGUUUCUUUGACACGGAAAAAAUGAUGGAGUUAGCCACCAUGAAAGGAGGGUUGGCAGAAACAAGUGCUAUCGCGGACGCCAAGGGUGCUGCUGCACCUGCACAUCGUACUCGAGGUACUAAGCUUCAAUCUCCGGAAACAAAACUCGGUACCGGGUCUCGAAAGCUUGAUCCUCGUAAAAAUGGAGGAGCACCGGUGACUACCUCGGCCAUGAAAGGUAACAGAAGUCCAACACCAAAGUCAUAUAACAGGAUCCUCCAAUGUUGCAAUAACCAAUCUUUGAAAGCAGAGAAAAUCAUGUCGCAGUACUCUGAAUUAGACUUGCACCAAACAUCUCAUGAUGGCAACAAAGAAAAUGAGAACAGUUUCGUGGAUCAUAAAAUCGAGCGCUUAGCUAAACAGGUAAACUCGAUUGAUUUAAACAGACAGAAACAUUGACAAAUCAUAAGAGUUUUUUAUUUGAAUCUCUAAAAUAAUUUUUCUUUCAUUUUCAUUAUCCGUGGAAGCUGUUUGUUUACUAGAUUUAUAUA